AUGAAGCAGCUGGUUCAUGUUGAACAGGCCCCCUGGGAGCUUGGUGAGCAGCUCUCGCUCCGUGCUUUCAGGGUCGCUGUCAACAGAGCUGGAACUUGCACUCAUGUUGUCAACAGCAGUGCUGGCUGGGGGACCCAGCUCCGGCUCACUAGUCUCACUGGCAGUGGACACCUCACUGCCUACCCACAAGUGGUGGUAGUCAGAGUACCAACUCCUUGGGUGCAAAGUGAUAGUGACAUCACUGUUUUGUGCCAUCUAGAGAAGAUAGGAUGUCGGUUAAUGAACCGACCUCAAGCCAUCCUGAACUGCGUUAAUAAGUUCUGGACAUUUCCAGAGUUGGCUGGCCAUGGUGUUCCUCUGCCAGAUACCUUCUCUUAUGGUGGCCAUGAAAAUUUUGCUAAAAUGAUUGAUGAAGCUGAAGUACUGGAGUUCCCAAUGGUAGUAAAGAAUACGCGGGGUCAUAGAGGUAAAGCUGUUUUCUUGGCUCGAGAUAAGCACCAUUUGGCUGAUCUAAGCCAUCUUAUUCGCCAUGAAGCGCCAUACCUGUUCCAGAAGUAUGUUAAAGAGUCUCAUGGACGGGAUGCACGUGUCAUUGUCGUGGGAGGCCGUGUGGUUGGCACCAUGUUACGUUGUUCAACAGAUGGGAGAAUGCAAAGCAACUGCUCAUUAGGUGGUGUGGGGAUGAUGUGCUCAUUGAGUGAACAAGGGAAGCAGCUAGCUAUCCAGGUGUCUAAUAUCCUGGGGAUGGAUGUGUGUGGCAUUGACCUGUUGAUGAAAGACGACAGCUCCUUCUGCGUCUGUGAGGCCAAUGCAAAUGUAGGUUUCAUCGCCUUUGACAAGGCUUGUAAUCUAGAUGUAGCUGGUAUCAUAGCAGACUAUGCCGCCUCCCUUGUACCCUCUGGCUGGCUCACCCGGCGUAUGUCCCUGCUCUCCGUGGUGUCCCUGGUCUAUUACUUUAUGUCUGUGGCCCUGACUAUUUUCCUGGUCCCUGACUCUCUAUGCCACCUCAGCUAA